UUGUAUAUAAGUCUCAAAAACCUCAAAGAUUCACUAUUGCUAGUUGAUUCUUUUCACAACAAAAUCAUGUUUUUCUGUUCCUUCUUAUCACCUUCUCCCCUUACGUGUUUACUAAUCUUGAUUCUAUGUAUAGUUGGUGUUGAUUUUGUCUCCACAACACAAACUAAGAUUGGCCAAGGUUACAAGUUGAUCUCCAUUGAAAAAUCACUAGAUGGAGGCCUUAUAGGUCACCUCCAAGUCAAGGAGAAGAACAAUAUUUAUGGGCCAGAUAUUCCUCUUUUGCAACUCUAUGUUAAACAUGAGACAGAUGAUCGUUUGAGGAUUCAUAUAACUGAUACAGAAGAGCAGAGGUGGGAGGUUCCUUAUAACUUAUUACAAAGAAAAACACCCCCAUCAUUGAAACAAAAUGUUGAUAAAUCAAGAAAGAACCUUUUUUCAUCAGUAGCGGAGUCAGAAUAUCCAGGAAGUGAGUUAAUAUUCAGUUACAAAAAUGACCCUUUUAGUUUUUGUGUGAAAAGAAAAUCAAACGGACAGACCCUUUUCAAUUCAAGCUCUGAUGAUUCAGACUCAUAUAACAAUUUGGUUUUUAAAGACCAAUAUCUUGAAAUAUCAACAAAAUUGCCCAAAAAUGCUUCUUUAUAUGGUCUAGGUGAAAACACACAACCCCAUGGAAUUAAAAUUUACCCAAAUGACCCUUACACUUUGUACACAACUGAUCAACCAGCUAUUAAUUUGAAUAUGGAUUUGUAUGGAUCACACCCUAUGUAUAUGGAUUUGAGGAAUGUGAAUGGAGUGGCAAAUGCUCAUGUAGUUUUGUUGCUAAAUAGCAAUGGGAUGGAUGUGUUUUACAAGGGAGAUUCUUUAACAUACAAAGUGAUUGGGGGUGUUUUGGACUUUUACUUCUUUUCUGGUCCCACACCUCUUGAUGUUGUUGAUCAGUAUACUUCAUUCAUAGGCAGGCCUGCUCCAAUGCCUUAUUGGUCUUUUGGAUUCCAUCAAUGCAGAUGGGGUUACCACAAUUUAUCAGUAAUUGAAGAUGUUGUUGAGAACUACAACAAAGCCAAAAUCCCUCUUGAUGUUAUCUGGAAUGAUGAUGAUCACAUGGAUGGUAAAAAGGAUUUCACUCUCAAUCCUGUCAAUUACCCUCGUCCGAAUUUGCUAGCAUUCUUGGAGAAAAUUCAUGCCCGAGGCAUGAAGUACAUUGUCAUCGUUGAUCCUGGAAUCGGCGUUAACAACACUUAUGGUGUUUACCAAAGAGGUAUAGCCAAUGAUGUCUUCAUCAAAUAUGAAGGCAAGCCUUAUUUAGCUCAAGUCUGGCCUGGUGCUGUCAAUUUCCCCGAUUUUCUCAAUCCCAAGACUGUUGAGUGGUGGGGUGAUGAAAUCAGGAGGUUCCACGAACUUGUGCCUGUUGAUGGACUCUGGAUUGACAUGAAUGAAGUUUCCAACUUUUGUUCAGGUUUGUGUACAAUCCCUCAAGGAAGAAUAUGUCCUAAUGGCACCGGUCCCGGGUGGAUAUGCUGCCUGGAUUGCAAAAACAUAACGAAUACUAGAUGGGAUGAUCCGCCUUAUAAGAUUAAUGCUAGUGGAAUGCAAGCACCAGUUGGUUACAAGACCAUAGCGACUAGCGCGGUUCAUUAUAAUGGAGUUGGGGAAUAUGAUGCUCAUAGCAUUUACGGGUUUUCUCAGUCCAUUGCUACUCACAAGGCUCUUCAAGGACUCGAGGGCAAGCGUCCUUUUAUAUUGUCUCGUUCCACAUUUGUUGGUUCGGGACAUUAUGCUGCACAUUGGACAGGGGAUAACAGAGGAACUUGGGAUGAUUUGAGAUAUUCAAUAUCUACAGUGUUGAAUUUUGGCUUAUUUGGUGUUCCUAUGGUUGGUGCAGAUAUAUGUGGAUUCUAUCCUGCACCUACAGAGGAGCUUUGUAACCGUUGGAUUGAAGUUGGCGCGUUCUAUCCUUUCUCAAGGGAUCACGCGAACUACUAUUCCCCAAGGCAAGAACUUUACCAAUGGGAGAGCGUGGCUGAAUCUGCGCGAAAUGCAUUAGGAAUGAGAUAUAAGUUACUACCAUAUUUCUACACUUUGAACUACGAGGCACAUACUACUGGUGCGCCAAUUGCUCGUCCCCUCUUCUUCUCUUUCCCAAAUCUACCAGAGGUUUACGACGUGAGCACACAAUUUUUGGUAGGAAGCAAGGUCAUGGUCUCGCCGGUGUUAGAUCAGGGGAAAACAGAGGUGAAAGCUCUGUUUCCCCCGGGGACAUGGUACAAUUUAUUCGAUAUGACACAAGCAAUUGUCACAAAAGAGCUACAUUACAUCACAUUAGACGCGCCUCUAAAUGUGGUCAAUGUACAUUUGUACCAAAACGCCAUAAUACCAAUGCAGCGCGGUGGAAUGAUAUCAAAAGAAGCAAGAAUGACACCUUUUACCCUCAUAGUGACCUUCCCAUCGGAGAUGAAUGACAUAGAAGCUAAAGGAAAUCUUUUCCUCGACGAUGAUGAGCUUCCAGAGAUGAAGUUAGGAAACGGGCACUCAACGUAUAUCGAUUUCCAUGCAACAGCAAGUAAUGGAACAGUGAAGUUGUGGUCAGAAAUUCAAGAAAGCAAGUUUGCAUUGGAUAAGGGAUGGUUCAUUGAGAAGGUUAUAGUUUUAGGCAUCAAUGGCACUGAUGGAACUUUUGAAAUAAACGUCGAUGGACAAACGAUCGAAGAUACUUCAAAAGUGAAGUAUAGAACAGAAAAACACAAGUACAUAGACAAUUUGCAUGAUGAAGAAGAUAAGAGAAAGAGUAUGAUGAUGGACAUUCAUGGACUGGAAUUGCCAUUAGGGAAGAAUUUUGUUAUGUCCUGGAAAAUGUGAACCAAAACUAGUUAUUAUGUGUGCAUAAAUUGCCUAUGUCCUAUAUUAUUAGGAUUUAGGUCCUCAAGGUUAUUAAUGAAAAGGAGAUGAAUUUUGGUAGUUA